ACUCACAGAUAGGAAUAGGGAUCGAUGUGUAGUGAUCAAAACAAAAUGUCGUCGAUCUAUAGAAACUGUCUAAGAAUUGCCUUAUUUACUCUUCUAUUAAUUGUUAUUUUUGCGAAUGUUCGAGAUCAAGAUUCUCAAGUUUCAGUAGGACGAGAUAUUCAGGCUCCAGAUCAUCCAGUACAGGGUAUAGAAAUUCAAGAUUCGGUAAUAAAAGGUAUGGAACAAGAUUUAGCUGAUGGUCGAAGAGGGGGUGGAGCAAGAUUCGGAUCACGAUUUAGAUCUCGAUACAGUUCUACAAGAAUUAGACAGCGAUAUGGUACAAGAGUUCGAGUUAGACAUGGAUACAGUAGAUUCGGAGUCGGAGGAUCGAAUUUUCAAUCUGCUAUGACGGCAGAUCCUACUGUGUGUCGAGGUCAACCUAGUAUAAGACCUACGAAUUCAACGAAAAUACAGUAUUUUAUUUGUCCUGAGGAAAAUAUGCCCGAUAGUUUGAGAUAUUGUUGUGGAGCCUCUCUUUCUGAACAUUGCUGCGAUGAUUCAAGUGGUUCAAGCGGUUCUAAAGCAGGUAUGAUGAUUGGAAUUAUUGGUGCAAUUGCCUGUGGAUUAUGUAUAAUAUCAACUGUAAUAUUCGUCUGCAAGAAAAAAGCUGCUCAACCAGGAGCUAUUAUUCUUAAGCCAAGUCAUUCUAAGGGUGAUAAAUCAAAUACCGAAGCCGCAGUAAUUUAUCAAUCUACUGAAACUCAGCCUACAGUUCCUAAUUAUCCCGCUCCCACAAGCUAUCAAGAACAAGCACCAAUGGGUUAUCAAUCGUACGUAGGACAAAAUCCGUAUCCUCCACCAGAUCCUAAAGACGUUCCAGCAUACCCAGCAGCACAGUAUCCUCCAAUGCCACAAGCGCACCCGGUCGCAAUGCCUCCGCCAGCGCCAUAUCCUACUGCACCUAACCCUGACGCACCUCCAUAUCCUGGAGCAGGGAUGCCAACUAUGCCGCCAUACCCUGGUACGUAUAUAGAUUUAUAUGAAAUGACUAAGAAUCAUGGAAUAUUUCUAACAAAAAUUGAGAAUGUCGAUGAACAAUAUCAACGUUCUAAUACCGGCGACUGGUGCUUGAAAGUUUCUAAAAACGGAAUCGAAUGGUUCACAGUACGAACUGUUUUCGAUCGUGUGCUAGAACGAUGCUAUGUAGAGAGUUGUGGAUUCAGUUGUCCCAGAGCCCAUUCAUCUAUCGAACUGACUCUGUGGAAAAUAGAUGAAAAUGAUGAAGUAUUUUGCUUAAAAUAUCUUAAAAAACAGUUAUUAGAUUGUCUGGAACAAUCAGACACAGACGACUAUUUUUCCUCUGCUGUACAGUCAUUAACUUCAGAUAGUGGGGAACUUGUAGACGUUUUAAGAGAUGCUCUUUGGGAACAAUAUGAACGCGGAAAUGGUAUGGUAAAGAUUAAAAUAAAUCUGAAACGAGUUGUUGAGGAAUGUAUCUAUAAUUUUUUUCAAAGGGAGCAAGAGAUGUUAACCGAGAAAUCAAAAAAAAGCCUAGAACAUAGUCUUAUUACUGAUGGCUCUCCAAUUUUAAUAGAGGGCCCAAUUUAUAAGCCAAAAUGUCAAUCUGCCCUAAUUUUAGAUGAUACUGAAAACAACUUAAAUUAUACAACAGGGAAUUCUUCGAUAGAUUCACAACAAAACAAGAAUGAAGCUCUUAAUAACAAAUCUCAAAUUUCAACAGAAGCUGUUGUUGGUGCUGUAAAUCACUCCACAACCCUCACUACAAGUGAUUCUGCAACCGAUUCAAGUCAAAAGAAGAAAAGGGCAAGAAAUAGAAAGCCUAAAUCUGGAGCUACAAACAAAAAAAUUGAACGAAAAUUAAGCAGUGUUAAAAUAGAUCAAAAGCCAAUGAUAACGAUUGACAAAAGAAAUUAUUAUAUUAAUCUUUCCUGCGAAGAAUGUUUAAAGCUAGUUGAUAGAGAUGGUUUAAAAUUUUUCAACUUUGAUGAAGAAAUGAAGCAUAACUGCAAGAAGAAUAUUCUGAUAGCUUCUACAGAAAAUUUUCCAAAUGCUUGGUAUAAAAUAAGCUACAAAGGACCUUCUAUUUAUAUCAAAAACUGUCCAUUAGCGUUGUUAUGUCAAAAGAAAAACUGUAAUAAAGCUCAUUCUACGAUUGAGCAUAUCUUUAACUUGGCCGAAAUAAAGGCAAAUGAUUUAAAAUCUUCAUUCCCUAUCAUUCCAAAGUCUUUGAGAAAAAAGUUGCAAACUGAUAAAGUAGCUGUUGUUAAAGAUUCACAAACGUUAUCUGCCAGUAACAUAAUUUCAAGUUUGAAGCUUAUUUGUGAAAAAUGUUGGAUAAACGAAAAGUGUAUUUGUGAACCUAAAAAUAGAGCUAAAAACUGUGUUGAAAAAAUGAAAAAUAGCGCAAACUUAUCUACAAUCGCCAUUAUGCUCCCUAAUAAGAUAAUUAUUAGAAAUCCAAAUUUUAGUGAUUUAACCCAAAAAGCCAAUUCUCCUGAAGAAAUGGAAUGUUGGAAAUGGAUGAGAGAAAAGAGAAUUAAUAAUUUGAAUACUUUGAUAAAAAUAGAAGAACAACGAAAAUUAAACCCCAAUCAGAGAAUUGAUAAUAUUAUAAAGGCUUUGAAUGAUCAAACAAUGUCAAAUUGUUUACCAGUUAAUAAUUAUAGUUUUGAAACUCAUAAUUUCAAGGAUAUCAAGUCUUUAUCAUGUAAUUACUGUAACAAAAUUUGUACAUCAGAGAAGCAAAUGUUAGCACAUGAACAAAGUUCAUUGCAUAUUACUCAAAAAUUAAUUCAAGACAACGUAAUUUGGAAAUUUAGGAAAUGUCCAAAUCUUUCUGCUACGAAUUAUCAACUAUGUCAAAAACAUAAAGAAGGAAAAUGCAAAUAUUCCAAAUCGUUAGAAAAGCAAAACUUUUGCGCAGAUGCUCAUUCGAUAGAGGAAAUGACAGAGUGGUAUGACAGAAAACAGUACGCCUCAAAUAUGAAAAAAAUUAAAAAAGAAAAGGAGCUAUUAAAGCAUAUUAAAGAUUUUAAUGAGAAAAUUAAGAAUGAUAAAAGCCUAUUGAAAAGAAAUAUAAGUGGAGUAUCUUAUCAGUUGUCUCCUGAUUGCCCUAAAACUUCUAUAAGUUUAACUAAUUCAACUAGUUUUGAGUGGAAAAUUUUUCUAAAGUGCGAACAAAAGCUUAAAGCCAUUCAUCUUAUUUAUCCUGAAUAUCUAUUUAACUUUCAUAUUCUCUCCAAAGACAGUCAGAAAGUUUAUUAUUGCCUUGAAGAUGACCUAGAAUAUACGUCAUUAAACCAAAGCUAUAGUAUUAAUAUUUGCUUUGAUUGUAUUAAAAAUGGAUCAUUCUAUCAAUCUCUGAUUGUUGAAUUGGAAAAUUUAGAUAAUUUCUUAGAAAUUCCAUUCUAUGUUGAUGUUGGAGAAAAUGACGCAUUAAUGAAUCUUGAAUUUGAAAGAUCAAAAUAUGAUUGUCGCGUUUGGUCAAAUAUGAAUUAUACCAUUAUUCCAUACGAAAAUUUUGUUACAGAAUUGAAUGGGACUACAAAUGAUAAAUUAACAAAUGAAUUAAUGAAGAAGUAUAGUAAAAAGAGUUUAAACAAAGUAAUUAUUCAAGAAGAAUACGAAAGAGAAGUCAAUUAUGUAAAAUACUAUCAAAAAUUAUUAUAUUUGGAGGAAUAUUAUUGUCAAAAGUUAUUAGACGUAUUCAUCCACGGAAAAACAAAAGCAGUUAUAACAAACUUUAUUCAAACUGAAUUGCAUGGUAUAAAGUAUUCAAGUGAUGAUACUCUCUUCGCAAAAAUCCCUAUCAGUAAUCUGGUACCCGAUACCAAAUCUGGAAAUAUAUUGGCAAGAAAUUGCUCUUACAUUCUAAUUAAGGUAAUCACAAAUGAAGAUGAUGAAACACCGGUAGUCUAUGAAACAUUGAUUGUUAGAGAUUCAAAUUUUGGUCUAUGUCUCGACGAUCUCGAUUAUUUAUACGUUCAUCUGUCUCGUACAGUGGUCAAUUUAAUUGGAUUGAAGCCGUCUAUGGAACUUGAGAUAGAAUGUAAAAUAGUCUUGAAUCCAUAUAAAUUCUGUCAUUGGCAUUAUGCACUUAAUGAACUGGAUAAAAGAAAUCUUAUUCAUCUUACUUCUCCGGAAGAUACAGCUCUUAAUAUGAUUCAAAAGAUUUAUCAUUUAACUGAAUGUAAAACUGAAAUAGAAACCAAUCUUCAACAACGGAAGGUUGUGUCGGCAAUCAUUAAUCAAAGUCUGCUUGGUUCUAAACCAAUUGUUGUAUAUGGUCCUUUUGGUUGUGGAAAAACAGAAAUUUUGGCUACAUCAGUCAAAGCCAUAAAAAUAAACAAUUCACUUUCUAGAAUUCUGAUAUGUACCCACGUCAAUAUCGCCGCUGAUCUCUAUAUAUUAAAAUACUUUCACAAGUAUAAAUCUCUUAACAUAAAAAGAAUCUAUAAUUCGGAUAGGAGAUUGGAUACUGUUGAUGAAAUGGUUUUACCCUUUUGUUUUCGUAAAGAUAAUGAAUUCUAUAUUCCAUCAGCCAAAGAAAUAGAGAACACGGACGUUAUCGUUACAACUAUCGAUCAAUGCAUUGAAUUAUACAAGAUGAAAGCAUACGGAUUAUUUAGUCAUAUAUUAAUUGACGAAGCUGGCCAAAUUUUAGAAUAUGAAAUGUGGCAAGCAUUUCUAUUGGCAAAUAAUAAAACAAAGAUAGUUAUGGCAGGAGAUUAUUUGCAAAUGACACUACCAGUUUAUUCCGACAAUUCCAAUUUGAAAAUUUCACUAUUAGAGAGAUUAACUAAAUAUUAUAUUAGUAAAUCGAAAGAGAACUUUGAAAUUGUUGAAUCGAAUUGCAUAUUUCUGAAGCAAAACUAUAGAAGUAGACCACAAAUUUUAGAAUUUCUAUCAAAAGCCUUCUAUCAAAGAUCAGAUAGUAUUGUAUCAUGUGGAAACUUUCCAGAUAAUGGUCCAAAUAAUAAAUGCCUAUACUUUCAUAAUAAUGAAAAUAGUAAAGAAUCAUCGUCAAACUACUCUUAUAUCAAUCUUGGAGAAAUUCAACAAACUGAAUACGUUAUUAAGGAAUUAAUGAGAUUGGAAAAUGUUAAGCAAGCAAAUAUUACUGUUAUUUCGUAUUAUACUGAUCAGGUUAAACAAAUUCGAUGUUGUCUAAGAAAGGCUGGUUUAUAUAAUGUUAAGGUAUUAUCGAGUAACUCUGUACAAGGUCAAGAAUACGAUAUAGUCAUUAUAAAUACAGUCAGAACUGAAUAUCUUGAUAAUCAGGAAACAGUUAAUUCGUUCGGAUUUUUCAAUGAUAAAUCUCUAAUUAAUACUAUUAUGUCAAGAGCCAGACACAAGAUAAUAGUAAUAGGUAAUGGCAAUUCGUUAUGCAACUAUGGAAAAUGUACUUCAAUAUGGAUAGAUUACAUUAAAGAAUGCUCUAAAUUAGGCACAUUUUAUCCUAUUGAUUAUGAUCUAAAUUCGAUGUUUAAUUCUGCCAUUAAUUCGAAAGAAUAUGAAGAUAUAGAUAGUGAAUGUGAUAACAUUCUCAAGAGAUUAGCCGAAAUGAAAGUGGAUAUGAAUUAUGAAGAUUAUGAAUUCAAACAAUUGGAAGAAUUAUUACGUUAUUCGGAUUUCAAUUUACCUAAAAAAGUUUAUAAUAUUUUUCCUGAGACGGCAACGGAAAGUGUUGCUAGAUUCGAUAGACCUAAUACUGUUACGAUUUUAGAGAAAAAACUAUGUCGUAUAGCUUUUAACAGUAUACCCUGUGCUCAACCGUUGAGGCCGGAAGAAGCUGAAAUAGUUAUUUCAGCAUUUCAAUUAGAUAUAACUGGAUUAAACUGUAACGAAGAUAAUGAAUUAUAUAAUUUCCGAAAUUUUUCAGAUCGGAGAUUUUCAUUCCAAGACGAUUUAACAGUUGUUGGAUUUUAUGAGUUAGCUGGAAAAAAAUGGCCUUUAGUAUUACAUAUUGUAAAAAGAAUGCGAAAUUUUACAGGUGAUGCAAUAUUGUGUAGAGCAAAUAUUCUACAAAGAGGACAAUUCAUACCUCUUAAUAGCGCUAUCCCUAGGUUAAUUUGCUGUAAUUGCGAGAAAGAUAACAAUGGAUUUCAGAUACCCAUUUUUAGUUCUUACAAAUCAAUUAAAGAGAAUAAGAGUGUUGAUGUUCAUAGUUCGAAGAAUCUUCUUUUCAUCAUUAGAUGUUUGGUUUGGUCACGGAAACACCAUUAUUCUUUGGGUAUUUGCAUUGGUUACAUAGACAUUAAAAGCGAUCUAUCUUCUACGAUCAAGGCAUUAAAUUUUAAGACUAAUCAACCACAUCGAGUAAAAGAACUUUUCUUUAAGAGUGGCGAAUUUAAAGCUAUUGCGUCUACAGGAGAAACUGGUAGAAUAGAUUUAACUUCUCACUUUGCCUUUACAAUAGAUUCUGAAAAUACAAGGAUGGCUGAUGACGCUUUUACCUUUGAGAAAUUCAGUUCGCAACACUAUAGAAUUGGAGUUCAUAUUGCUGAUGUAUCAAGGUUUAUUCCUAAAGAUUCUGUUGUUGAUAGAGAUAUCAAGAAAAGAUGUAUAAGCUAUUAUGCAACUAUUGGUAUUACUCAUCAUAUGUUUCCUACACAAAUUGGCGAUUUUUUUUCUUUGAAUCCUCAUUGUGAAAGAUACACUUUAACUGUAUUUUAUGAAUAUGAUAAUGGCCAAUGGAUUAAAAGUGAUCCUAUUAAGACUAUAAUCAAAUCAAAACGGAAAUUUUCUUAUAAAACUGCACAAGAUAUUAUUAUUAAUAAUAACAAUCAUAAUAUUUCUCUUGACCUAAGAAGGAUGUAUGAACUUGUACAACAAUUACGUAAAUUACGAUUGGGUAUUUCAUUUUUUUCAAAUACUCUUAACUUUGAUUCGCCAGAAAAUGAAGCACAGAGCUUAGUAGAAGAAUUAGCUAUACAAACGAAUCAUCGUAUUGCAGAAUAUUUAUAUUCUCGUUAUGAUAAUAUUCUUAUUAGGACACAAUAUCCUGCUGAAUUAAAAUUAGAAGCUUGGAAAAUUGAAUAUUACGAACACAACCUAAAGAAUUUUGAAUUAUCAUCGAAUCAUGUAGGUUCAACAGCAGAAAAUAAAUUUAAUCCGGAAAGCGUUAAUAAAAAUCCGGUGGAAAUAUCUAAAUCAAAAUGGCUUAAAAUAAUUGAUCUUUUGGAGCAAAGUGAGAUAAGAGAAGCAAAACGAAUGUUAACCGAUACGAACAAUUUUCCAAAGCAUGGUUUGUCUUUAGCUGCUCUUCGAGACUCUUUGAAUAAGUCAGCAUAUGAUGUAUGCUCUUCAAACUUUAAAGUCGGACAUUUUGGUUUAAAAUUGGAUAUUUAUACACACUUUACAAGCCCAAUAAGACGAUACAUUGAUAUUGUAGUUCAAAGACUUGUCACGAGAGCUUUAGAGGGUGAAAAUUCUAAUAUAUAUAGUAUAAGGGAGUUAUUAGAAAUAUGCCAUGAAUCAAACGUGAAGAUUAAUGCGUCUAAUAGAUACAAAAGUAAUCUUGCCAUGUUUGGUUUAACCUUUCUAUUGAAGGAGAGAAGUGCAUUAUUCGAAGUCGUAAUACAUAGCUUUAGUAUAGGAUCGGUUGACGUUAAAUUUUUGAAGUUAGGAAGCCUUUUGAAUUCGACAUGUCGAACUAUUAGAAGCGGUUAUUUGGGACUUAAUAAAACUCCUGAACUUACAGAUGAUGAUUUAUUGAAGCUUAGUUGGAAGCAAAAGAUAUAUGAUAAUAAAAUUUCGAAAUGCCAGAAUACAAAUAACAAAGUUAUACAAUUGGAUAAUAAGUCUAAUGUAACUAAAAUCCCAAAUAGAAUAUGGCAAGAAAUAUUGACUUUUAUAAAAGAUGAUAAAGGAGAAAAAAUUGUUAGUUUAUUAUCAAAUAUGAAGGAUUUAACAAAGAGAACUCAUGAAAUAGAAAUUCCUUAUGCAACUUCUUCUCUGAAUCUCGAUUUAAAUAGUACAGUUUACGAGUAUGAAAAAACUCAAUCAAUUGUCGAUCGUGAGUUUGUUCAGUUUGAAUUAUCGAUAUCAAAAGGAGAUAUACUUAAGUUACAAGUGGGAUGGGCUAUUGAAAAUAAUCUUCUUAUACCGAAACCACAAUAUCUAAAGUUGUCAUCCAAUCAUGGAAUUUGUAUUCAACAUUCUUCAGAUGCAAUCAAUAGCUUUACCAAUUUUACACCAUCAAAAGCUUCAUCUCUUAGAUACUCUACGAUAUCGCAAUACAAAGAGUUAUGGAAACCGAUUUUAGAGUUGAAUGCAGUGUACAAUUCACUGAAAAAUAGUGAAGGAUAUAUUUUAAGAAAUGUAGAAAUAACCUGGAUGAAACUAUUAAAAAAUACCUUUGGCUAUUUCAAAUUCAAUGAAAAAUUGAACACGGAACUUAAACUAAAACUUGACGAUGAUGACUAUGUUUGUAUAAGAUACUAUAAUAUUUAUAAAGAAGAAAACGAUAAAUGGUUAGAUAAUUUAGAUAUCGAACCUUUAAAAACCGUCUUAAAUAACUUGUACAAUAAACAAGACACGUUUCAGGAACUCUCAAAUUUCUCUGUAAGUAAAAUAAAAGAGAUACAUUCAAAUUACAAUGCAAACUGGAACGAUAUUGUUUGGAUUGGUCAUGGAAUUAUAAAAACUACUGAUGAUGGUUUCGAAAUUGAUUUAAAUGAAGCGUCUAGAAAGUUACACCCAGAAUUGUUGGGAGAAACACAAUAUUUAGCCACCUUAGAAAUAAUUCAUAAGUCUUUGGCAGAUAGAUAUCGCAUUAAAGCUAUACAAAGUUUAAAUUGUGAUGAAUCGUCAUUAGUUAAUGAUAUAAUUUUGGCUAAAAACAGUCCAUCAUCAUCAAAAACUGUAACUUUUGAUAGAGUUACCUCUGUACCUGGAUUAUUCUGUCUGAAUACAAAUCAAACUAGAGCUGUUAGCUCUGCAUUAUCUCAAGAAUUUACUCUUAUACAAGGACCGCCAGGAACUGGUAAAACUUUAACAUGCUCCCAUUUAAUCAAGAAUUUUUUGGAUAGAAAUAAACCCGGCGAGGUUCUAAUGUUUUGUGGACCAUCAAACAAAUCUGUUAACGUUAUUAUGGAUUAUUUGGUGAAAAUUAGUGGAAUUAAUUUCCUAAGAGUUAUGGGUCAGACUGCUGAGAUUCUCGAUUUUCCGUUACCGAAACGUAAAGGUAAUAUAGCCGACCAAUCGGAAAAUCUUAAAUAUGAUCCGAAAAUGAAAAAGUAUAUUUUACAUCAAAUUGUACACGAAGAUGUAAAAGUUCAACAGAUAUAUAAGGAAAUUUACGAAUGUACCAAUAUUUUAGAGAUGAUGGAGAAAACUGAAACUUACUUACAAAUAUUUAAAGAAAAGAAAAUUGAAAGAAUAAAGAAAUCUAGAAUUAUUUUAACAACUUGCACGAAUUCUUAUACGAAGGUUUUGAGAAAAGCUUUUGAUAAUGGAGAAUUAAAACUCAAACAAUUGAUAAUUGAUGAAGCAGCUAUGUGUACUGAAGCUGAAACGCUUAUACCAAUGGCUACCUAUAAACCUGAACAGAUUGUGUUAGUUGGAGAUCAGCAACAAUUGGAACCUAUUGUGACUUGUAUGACCACUGUACAAUUGGGAUCAAAACAAUCAUUGUUUAGUCGAUAUGCAAAACUAGAUCCAAAAAUCAUGGUUAUGUUAACCGAUCAGUAUCGAAUGCAUUCAGAGAUUGCUCAAUUUCCUUCAAAAUAUUUUUAUAACAGUAAACUUAAACCAGUUUCAGAAUGGCAGACAACACCUUUAAAUGACAUGUAUACAGGAGCAGUUUUCUAUCAUAUUAUUGGUAAAGAAAAGUCAACAUAUGUUAGUACAAUACAAUCAGCGGAAAUGUUUAAAAGUAAUGUGGAGGAAGCGAAAUUUGCUUUAAAAGCUAUUGAAAAAUUAAGAUUGAGAGGUAUAAAACCAGAGAAUAUCGUUGUACUGGCGCCAUAUAGAGCUCAAAUAUUUGAAUUAUUCGCUUUAAUGGAAAAGCAGUCUUAUUACAAACAAAAAUUAUAUCUUGGAGUAUCUGUUCAAUCCAUAGUUUCUUCUCAGGGCAGUGAAUGGGAUUACGUUAUUUUAACUUGCGUCCGAUCGAUAGAUGAAAACUGCAACCCGCCGAAAACAUUGGGUUUUAUAGGACAUCCAAAUCAUAUUAAUGUUGCUAUUACAAGAGCAAAGAAAGGUUUAAUGAUAAUAGGAAACGAAAAUGUAUUAUGUAAGUAUCUUUGUUGGGAACAUCUAUUGGAACAUUACAAAGCUAAACAAUGCAUAGUUAAUGUUAAUAUGUGA